AUGGAGGGUUAUCCGGAGCAAGAAUCGAUUGAAACUCUCCUUCUAUGCCCAGCAGAAGUGGUGGAGACCGGAGGCCGGGUUUCUAGCCAAGAUAAUCAAGCUUAUGAUGCAGAUGCGGUUGGUGAAAUCCUUAAUUCACUAACGUACAAUAAUCUCCGCCAUGACAUUCGAGUCGAUAGCCGCAUUAAGACGGAGCUUUUCGCACACCAAAAGGAAGCAGUCGAUUUUAUUUCCAAGCGAGAGACUGGUACCUUUCCCUCCAAACUCAGCCUCUGGAAGUAUAACAGCACCGAUGCGGAUGAUACUUGGUAA